AUGCCUCGAGCAAGUACUGUACCAGGAGCUCGGCUCCGGUGUCGCCGGGCUUGCGACAGCUGUAAGCGGCGGAAACAGAAGUGUAACGGCGAACAACCGUGCACCAUCUGUGUCCAGCGACACAAAGAAUCAGAAUGUCAUUUUUCAGAUCGCCCCGCGCGCCUUCUCAAACCCGAAUCCAAAGACUCGACCAUGUUACUGAGCGAACGUAUAUUGCCCACACCGCAGCGGGCAACAGCGAUGGAUCGUCUUUUGAACUCUCUGGAAGAUCGAGACAUGAACCUGGAGCAACAGACACGAGAUGAUAAGGAGGGGACGGCGCCAGUCCCCAAGGUGGCACGUCUUCUCCGUGACGGACAGGGCAAAUUCAUGUACAUUGGAGACUCUGCAAGUCUGUCAUUUUUGCAAAGUGUUCGGCGUGUUGUAUCAUCAUCUAUUGGACGCUGCGAGUUCACAGAAGAUAAUUCGCGACACUCGAUGCUGGAAGCGUUUCAAAACAAUCCAACCACCCAUUCAGGUGCCCUUGUCCCGCCACCCAGCAAUGAAGAAGCCCAGAGACUUGCACGACAGUAUGUUCUGGCAACAAGUCCUUUAUUGGAUUUGGUUGACCUCGAUGAAUUCUACCCCCGGCUGGCCAAUUGGGUAGAGAAUCCCUCCGGCGACGAAGACACUGUCAGCUCCAUCUUCUACCUUGUGCUUGCCAUAGGUGCUCAAGUCUCAGAUGUCAAUCAGACGAUUGCCGAACAGUAUUUCAGCAGUGGCCGUCAAUUGGCCUUUUCCGCAUUUCAAGAAACGCCUAGUAUCCAUACUAUCCAGUCAUACAUCCUGGUAUCGAUGUACAUGCUCGGUGCAUGUCGACGAAAUGGCGCAUUCAUGAAUCUGGGAAUCGCGUUGAGAGCUGCUUAUGCAGUUGGAAUUCACAGAAAAGAUGCAAAUGCACUAUUCUGUGGACGCGAGCGACGUGCUAGAGAACGGGUAUGGAAGAGUCUUCGUAUGGUGGAUUUAUUCCUCAGUGCCUCGCUAGGACGCCCACCUGCUACAUCCGAUUACGAUUACGAUAUCCGUGAAGAUGCAUUUGCAUCUGGAGACCAAGGCAGCUUGACCCCGGAUAAGCAGUUAUCUCUCGCAGUGACCUCACUGUGCCGAAUCUUUGAACGAAUUCUUACAGAUGUCUAUAUGAAACAAGUCAUUUCCAUCAAUGUUGCUGAAUCGAUCUCAAAUCAGCACCGCGCCUGGGUUCGAACGUUACCUAAGUUUCUCAGGGAUCAGACGGAACACAUCGAUAAUAAAUCCAUGGAGGACAGUUUGGCUGCGGCUCAUGUCUUUGGUUCUUAUUAUUGGUCAAUCAUUCUGCUUACACGACCAUUCCUCGUCUACCGCGUGGCCCAAUACGUGAAGAACAAGGCUGAUCCAUCCGCAAAUGGUCAGAAUGGCAGCUCUCGCAUCUCACUCUUUGCUGAUGCAUGUGUCUAUUCGGCGCUUCGUGGACUGGAUGUCGUGGAUGGCCUAGGUCGGUUCGCAUCACUACCACAUCGACUCCCAUUUCUCAUCAACUCAGUCUUCAACUGCGCUGUCGUUCUCGGAGCCGCAUUCUUUGCAGACUACGAUAAUCUUUUACCUUUAGAAGAGGGUCUGAACAAAGCAGAGCGAUUCCUCGAACUCUUCGUUCCGCAUGACCCCCACGCCUGUCGCUUUUACCAGAUCAUAAAGUAUCUCCGUCUUGCUGUCGCUGAGUAUAUCCAACGACGAAAUCGUCAAUGGAUGGAUCGACGCAGCAGACAAGUUGAUCAACUCUUCGGCCAAGUCGGUGGUGGAAACCAAUCCCAAUCCCCCUCAAAUUCAUUUACACCAAACUCGGGCCAUGACCUUCCUCCAUUAAAUCGACAUGAUGACCCUCACCAGUCGCCCAUUGUCCCUUCUCCGAUCUCACCUAGCAAACUUGCUGGUAGAACCCCUUCUUCUUUCGUCGCCCCACAACCACCACAGGGUCCUCCUAUUGGUCCCCAGCAAGUUGGCGGGGACAUCUGGGAUUCACUAUAUAACGGCGCGGAUGCAUCGGCCCUUUCGUAUGAUGCUGCCAUUUCCGCCCUUACCACCUCUGGUAUCCCUGUAGGUUGUUCCCCCGGCGGAACUAUUCCUACAGGACAACAACCUACUUCUGGUGGCCCAUCUCCAUUAUCUGAUGUGAUGUUCCCUGAUAAUGGCUUGCUGUAUAUGGCUGAAGAUCUUCCUGUAUUCGGUAUCUGGGAUGAAACUUGA